UCUCUUAUUUUGCAUCUAUGGCAUCUUCUUCCUCGCCUCCCAAACAAAAUGACGAAUACUAUGCUUUCACCGUGCCAUCUUUUUCCUCGUCCCACCAACAUGGUGAGGAUCGUUCAGCUUUCUCUGGAAUCGAACCUCCCUUUAAGAGGAAGAAGGUUUCUGAAUCUUCAAGAUUAUAUGAUGUCUUCAUCAACCACAGAGGUCCUGAUGUGAAAAACACUCUGGCUCUGGAGCUUUACAAAUCCCUUGAGAAAUUGAGAAUAGUGGCAUUUCUUGAUUCUGAAGAAAAAGAACUUGGAAAUUCGUUUACAUCCACCAUUGAGACAGCCAUUCGAUCUGCUCCAGUUCAUAUAGCUAUCUUCUCUAAACGAUAUGCAGAGUCCCCAUGGUGCUUGGCAGAGCUGGUUCUCAUGUUGCAGACUAAAGCUAAGAUCAUUCCAUUGUUUUAUGGCGUGAAGCCUUCCGAUCUUCGCUUCGUAGAAAAGGGAGAGUAUGCCAGAGCAUUCGUUGAAUAUGAAAAGAAGAAGAGGUAUACAGAAAAGCUGAGUGAGUGGAAGGAAGCCCUCCAAUCUGUUUCAUUUAUUGCCGGGGAAGAGUUAAACAGUUUCAGAGACUGCGAGAAGAUAGUGUCAACAGUGCAAAGGGAAGUGCAAAGGAUGAGAUGCUUACAUGUUGCCAAAUAUCCGGUAGGACUUUCUAAGCUUGUAGAACAUUUUGAAGAGCACUGCAUUGAUAAGCUUGUACAGGAUUUUGAAAGCCUGUGCAAGAUGAACAAACAAAGGGAAGGGAAGGCUAAGAUAGUUGGUAUUUUUGGUAUGGGUGGGGUGGGAAAAACAACUCUCUGUAAAGAAUUGUUUAACAGAAAGCGUUUAGAUUAUAGUCGAUCCUGUUUUCUGUUUGAUGUUCGGGAAGCCUCUGUGAAAAAAGAUCUGCCUUCUUUGCAAUUGAAGCUCCUCAGAGAACUCUUUGAUGAAAAAGACAAUCAAAGCUUUGCAAGCAUAGAGGAUGGUACAAGCUGUCUUAGUAAUUGUUUCGCAAGGAGCAGCAAUCUGAGCUUCCUAAUUGUUCUAGAUGAUAUUGAUCACCAGGAACAGUUAGAUGCCUUCUUGAUCAGUGAUGAGCUAAAUAAUUGUCGCAAUAGUUUGGUAAUUGUUACAACUCGUGAUGUAGGAGUGCUAAUAAAUGCAGGGAUUACGGUUGGUUAUAAUUUGAAAGGAAUGGAUGCAAAUGAUGCGAAAGAGUUGUUUUGUUUCCAUGCUUUUAGCCAAUCUUAUCCCUCUAGUGGAUACGAAGAGCUGGUUGAUUCCUUCGUACACGUUUGUGGCGGCUUACCACUGUCUCUUCAAGUUCUCGGCAGGCAUGUUCAUGGCCAAGAUCAGAAGUUUUGGGAGCUAGAAUUGAAGAAAGCUACAAAGACGCUGCCUCAAGACAUACACAAGAGACUAAGAAUCAGCAUUGAAACGUUGGACAAUGAAGAAAAACAAAUUUUCAUGGAUGUUGCAUGUUUCUUCAUAGGAGAAUUGAAGAAAGACGCCAUCAGAGUGUGGGAGGGAUCGGGAUGGAGUGCUCAGCAUGCAUUGCGAAAACUGAAAAAUAAAUGUCUGGUUGAAGAAAUAGAAGAUCAGAAGUUCAGGGGCUCCAGAGAAGAAAAUUUUGAAUUGAGAAUGCAUGACCACUUGCGGGACUUGGGACGAGAAAUGGCAGAUGAGCUGAGUCAUCCUCGUCGCCUGUGGCGUUCUCAACAUCUCCAAUCUCUGAUAUCAAAGGGAUUCGAAAACAUUCUCACCCAAGCUAAAGUUAGGUGUUUGCAUUCUUUUCGGGAUCCGUCCACAGAUUUUUUUAUUAAAUACUUUCUAGGGGAAUCAGACAAUAUGGCUGAGACGUCAACCGCUUUACUAUGGCUUGAGAUGAGUCUUUCGGGGAACACAGUCACAAAAAUUCCUCCCUGGAUUCCUUUUCAGAACUUGCAAUCUUUAAGCAUCACUGGUGGAAGUCUGGAAAGAUUGUGGCAGAAUAAUGAACAGGCACCCAUCGCGCUAAAAGAGCUGCGGAUAAGUAGCAUUUCUGAGUUGAAGGAGUUAAGCUUGGGCCUUCUGAGCUGUCUUGAGAAAUUUACAAUUGAUAAAUGUUGGCAUCUGAAAAGUAUGACAGGAAUAACCGAUCUUACGAAACUAGUGGAAUUGAACAUUAGCAAAUGUGAGGAGCUUGAGCAGUUAAGUCUUGUUCGACACAGCUGUCUAGAAAAAAUUAGAAUUUUUAAUUCUCUGAAUCUGCAGAGUGUUACAGUAUCUCAUCUACAGAAGCUGAUAGAAUUGAACAUUAGUGGGUGUGAAAAGAUUGAGGAAUUAAUUCUUGUUCAACUCAACUGCCUGGAAAAAAUUAAAAUUUCUGAUUGUUCAGAUCUGAAGAGCGUUGAAGGAAUAUCUAAUCUUAGAAAGCUAGUAAAAUUGCAAAUUGAAAAGUGUCCAAAGCUUGAGGAGAUAAGUUUUGUUCAACUGAGCUUCCUACAAAAUAUUACAAUUUCUAAUUGUCAGAUGUUAAAAAGUUUGAAAGGAAUAAAUGAUCUUCCGAAACUAGUAGAAUUGAACAUUAGCAAAUGUGAGGAGCUUGAGCAGUUAAGUCUUGUUCGACACAGCUGUCUAGAAAAAAUUAGAAUUUUUAAUUCUCUGAAUCUGCAGAGUGUUACAGUAUCUCAUCUACAGAAGCUGAUAGAAUUGAACAUUAGUGGGUGUGAAAAGAUUGAGGAAUUAAUUCUUGUUCAACUCAACUGCCUGGAAAAAAUUAAAAUUUCUGAUUGUUCAGAUCUGAAGAGUGUUGAAGGAAUAUCUAAUCUUAGAAAGCUAGAACAAUUGCAAAUUGAAAGGUGUCCAAAGCUUGAGGAGAUAAGUUUUGUUCAACUGAGCUUCCUACAAAAUAUUACAAUUUCUAAUUGUCAGAUGUUAAAAAGUUUGAAAGGAAUAAAUGAUCUUCCGAAACUAGUAGAAUUGAACAUUAGUAAAUGUGAGGAGCUUAAAGAGUUUAGUAGUCUUGUUCGGCACAGCUGCAUAGAGAAACUUAGUAUUUCGAAUUCUCUGAAUUUGCAGAGUGUGACAAUAUCUCAUCUUAAGAAGCUGGUAGAAUUGAACAUUAGUGGGUGUGAAAAGAUGAAGGAAUUAAAUAUUGUUCAACUCAGCCGCCUUGAAAAAAUUAAAAUUUCUGAUUGUCCAGGUCUGAAGAGUGUCUUAGGAUUAUAUGGUCUUAAGAAGGUUGUAGAAUUGCAAAUUGAAAAAUGUCCAAAGCUUGAGGGGGUAAUUUUUGUUCAGCUGAGCUUCCUGGAAAAUAUGACAGUUUUUGAUUGUCAAAAGUUGAAAAGUUUGAAAGGAUUGAAUGGUCUUAGGAAGCUAGUAGAACUCAACAUUAGUGAAUGUGAGGAGCUUGAAGAGUUAAACCUUGUUGGACACGGUUGUCUAAAAAAACUGAGAAUUUUUAAUUCUCUAAAUCUGCAGAGUGUUACAGUAUCUCAUCUACAGAAGCUGAUAGAAUUGAACAUUAGUGGCUGUCAAAAGAUUGAGGAGUUAAGUCUUGUUCAACUCAACUGCCUUAAAAAAAUUAGAAUUUCUGAUUGUCCAUACCUGAAGAGUGUGGCAGGAAUGUCUGAUCUUAGGAAGCUAGUUGAAUUGAAUAUUAAUGAAUGUGGGGAGCUUGAAGAGUUAAGUCUUGUUCGACUUAGGUGCCUACAAAAAAUUACAAUUUCUGGUGAUCUGCAGAGUGUGACAGUCUCUCAUCUUAUGAACCUGGUAGAAUUGAAGCUCAUCAAUUAUGUAAACAUUAAGGAGUUAAGUCUUGUUCAACUUAGCCGCCUUAGAAGAAUAGAAAUUCUUGGUUCCCUAACGGUGAAGAUUAUUGAAGUGAAAGGUUGUAAAAUUUUGAGCAGAGCAGAUUUUGAGAAUUUGAAGAAUGUUGUAAAAUUGAGCAUCUGCGACUGUCCUGAGCUUGAGAACUUGCCAGAACUUGUAAACUUACAUCAGCUCAAGAUUGCUUCACUGAAUAAUUGUCCAAAGCUGAAGAAAAUAACACUACCAACAACACUCAUCAAAUUCACCCUACAAUGUUGUAGAGAAUUGCAAACAGUGGCAGGAAUCUAUGAUUGUACAGAUGUUGAAGAGCUAGUUAUUAGUAAAUGUCCAGAGCUUGAGUUGGACGAGUUAAGUUUUGCUCGACUGUGUUGGCUGAAGAAAAUUGCAAUUGACAGCUGUGGGAAGUUGCAGAAAAUAACAGGUAUUGAAAAAUUGCUUUCACUGGAAAGAAUGCAGCUCUUGUAUUGCAACCAUGAAACAGUUCGGAAUUGCAUUCUGAAGAUGGAGAAGCUUCCAUCGGAUUUUAUUCAAGUAGUUGGCAGAGCAGUAGAUGGAGCAGAAUCAAAUCUCAUUGCAAGCUUUUUUUGUACCAAAUAUAUUAGCACCAAUUCUGUCAUCCAAAUUAGUACUGAUCAGAUUUGCCCUGAUGAUUUGGUGAGUGCAAUCAUCAUAUGCGCUGUGGUUGUGGUGAAUACUUGUUGUGCAGCGAACAUGAUUAAUGACUUCAUCGGAGGCUGUGAUUGGAAUCCAUGGCUGAAAUUUGAGGUGCGACAAGGCGAAUGGUUAAUUACCUCGGUAACUACAAACCAGGAUCAAAUACACAAUUACAUUCUUAACAGGGGUUAUUGUUUUCCCUUUGAUUAUGUUUUUACUGAUCGGGCAGUAACCAAAGAUGUAAUUGUGAGGAAGGGGUACAACGUCACUCUGCCCGUAAGGAGAGGUGAAGGAGAUAAAGCUCUGAUUGUGCUACGUAGAAUCAUUGAGAAAUUGUAUGAGAAAUAAACUACAAUUCAUGUUAGUCUCGGCGUUCACAUUGGCUUAGGCUAUAUGAUGGUUUUCUUCGUAGAGAAGAAAAUGUUCUUGAUUGUUAAGUGAAAGGGGUAGGAGUGAGUUAUUAAUUCAA